AUGUCUUCCAACGCCGAAGCAAGAGACAACAGUGAUCGGACUGUCAUACACGACGACGAAAAAGAUGAGAAGAAAGAAACGAAGCUGUCCGAGAGAAGAAAGACCCUCUCUAGAACAUUGUCAAUCCCGAAGACAAUGUGCAUAAUGUCUGAUACCAAAACCGAGAUAUCCACUGUGACAGAGCUACUCUCACCCAAAUUAAAGCUUCCCCAGCUGGGCGAUGAAUCUGCAGAAAGAGUCUUUCCAGUCCGAUCAGUGGUUUCCUUCGACUCGACGCCCUCAUCCGCUCUCCCUACGCCAUCUCUCGAGAAACUCGAAACGUCGAUAUCUCCAUUUUCGGACACUUUGCUUGGGGACCUCGGGAAUGAGAGGGCUAGCUGCAAACAGAGGGAUGCGCUGGGGCAAACCAAAUCCAGAGCAGAUAUCCCUAAGGCAUCGGAACAGACAGAUGGGCUGGAUCAAGAGAACAGAGAGGAUAACAGAACAGCAUCUAUGUCCACGAAUCCUCUUGCCGUUGAUAACAGUUCUAAAGAAGGGCUUCAAGCAAAAGUUUCUGAGAGAGAAGCCCUGGACUCAGAUCCAGACAGAGAUAAUCGGCAACUCUUGGAGGGUCUUCAUAAGAUCUUACGAAAUGGCAGUGAUAUUCUCGACAGAAGCCAAGCAGAAGAUCAGCCCUCGACCCAGAACAGUGAGAAUGUCUCUGUUCAGCCAUUUGGAGCCAUCCUCAUUGUUACAAAAACCCACGGAAAGUUUGAAGUCCAGGUAUCCAGCAGCAACUCCCAGGAGAUAAUUGGCCAUUCUCCAGAGGAGCUAUUCGACAUUCAAUCUUUUUGCGACAUAUUGGCCUCUCCACACCGAGCGAACUUCAUCGGCCACAGCAAUGCCGUUCUCGAUCAACAAUAUGACAUCGAAGAUUCUGGCCCAGAAGUCUUCCCGCUUUCUAUACUGUCCUCAAGCAACAUCUCUCUCGAUUUGUGGUGCACUAUGCAUACUGCUAGACUCCACAAGGAGUACAUCAUUUGCGAGUUUCAACCAGAAAGUGCAGCUUUCCCUUCCAAAGUCCAGGCCCAGAGUGAGGCAAUGUGCGAGAGUGAAAAAUUGGACUCGACGUCUGGGGCAUAUUUCGAAGACUUGGAUCCACCUGCCACAGGUGGAAGUAGUCAACCAAAAGCAUCAGAACUGCUAAAUGAAGUCCCGCGAACACUUCGGCGACUGGCGAAUGCCCAGAGCCUUGAAAGCUUCGUCCAUGAGACUGUUUCAAUUUUGCAAGCAUAUGGGCAAUUUGACAGAACGAGUAUAUAUCACUUCGAUGGCGAUCGCAAUGGAACAGUCCUCGCCGACGCCAACACGGAUUCAGAACUUGCUUCGUAUGGAGGUGUUCAUCUUCCAGAGUCCGCGUUUCCGGAAACGAUGAAAAAGAAGUAUACACGAAGCACGAUUUGCUUCUCAUAUUCUGCAAAGAAAGAUGGUGCACAGCUGGUGCGCCGUCCCUCUGCGAAGAGCACACCACUCGAUCUUUCGCACUCUUAUCUAUCUGCAAUGGCGAAUCCGUCAGGGAUCAACACAGAGAAUCCAGUGAAAGCCUGCCUCACUAUCCAGAUCAAUGUUUUUGGCAAGCUGUGGGGUCUUGUCUCAUGUCAGUCUUAUACAGACAAGAAGACGCUCCACCCUCUCAACCUAAAGCUUUGUUGGUUCAUUGCCGAAGCCAUCUCAAGCAAUAUUGAACGCCUAUCGUAUAGUCUACCCUUUCAAUGGAAAGACUCUAGUCAACUGUCACCCGAUACAGCUGAGUCUCAGGCAAUCAAGACUCCUUUGGGUGAUCUGCUCAGCUUGUUCGGGGCAGAUUAUGCGGCAGCGUCUAUACUUGGCGAAACCAAGAUUUUGGGCAGACCGACCGACUCACAGGAGGUCCUUGCCUUGCUCGAGUAUAUGAAGGCCAAAGAGAAUGAGACUGUCUGUUGGUCCACGGAUAUUGCUAGUGAUUUCCCCGAUCUCAAUUAUUCCCGUGGUUUUCAUCAUCUCGCUGGUCUGUUUUACGUUCCACUUUCGGAAGACGGACGUGACUUCAUCAUCUUCUUUCGGACAUAUUCUGGUGAUACUCGCACCGAGCAGACACCGCAGCGUCACGUUGAGCCCGAUGCGGAAACACCAAAGCGACAGCAGCUUUGGUCGACGGCGGAGAUUGGGAAAGCGUCCAUCCUGUCUCAAAUAUAUCGCACGUUCACUGAUGUCUGGCAAGAGAAGGAAAUGACAUUGCAGAAUAACCAAUUGAUGAGGCUUCUUCUUGCCAACUCUGCACAUGAGUUUAGGACUCCUUUGAAUGCCAUCAUCAACUUUUUGGAGAUCGCUCUCGAUGGACCGCUGGAUCAAGAAACGAGGGACAACUUAUCGCGGUCCCAUUCAGCAUCGAGAUCAUUGGUGUACAUUAUCAAUGAUCUUUUGGACCUGACAAACGCGGAAAACGGGCAACAACUGAUCAAAGAUGAGGUCUUCGAACUCUCCGAGACCCUCACCGAAGCCACCGACAUCUUCUGGGAGGAAGCGAGACAGAAGCAUGUCAAUCUGCAGGUAGUCCAGCAUGCUGCUCUACCCCCUGUCCUUGGCGAUCAGCGGCGUGUGCGUCAAGUAAUCACCAACUUGAUCAGCAAUGCAGUGCAGCAUACGUCUUCCGGGGCUGUCACGAUUGAGUCAUGCGUUGUCCCGGAGUCAUUGAACCCAGAUUGUAUUUCUGUGGAGGUCGCUAUCCACGACACAGGCUCUGGUAUGUCACAGGAGACGGUGGAAACGUUGUUUUGUGAGCUCGAGCAAGUGUCUCACAAAGGGUACAUGAAGAACCCGAAGGCCUAUGACCAGGCUAGUGACCAGUCUCAGCCUAAUGAGAGCGUCCUCGGUCUGGGUCUUGCUCUGGUGGCUCGGAUCGUGCGCAACAUGAAUGGUCAGCUCAGCUUGAAGUCGGAGGCAGGGAAAGGGAGUUGCUUCAAGAUCAGGCUUGAGUUUCCUCUUCCUGAGGAGAAUGAAAGCUCGGCUGGUCGCGACGACAAUAUGAAUACAAAACUCAAAGAUAAACUGAAGGAAGGCGAUGUGUCGAGUUGCAUGAAGAAGGAUGGGAUUCUGUGCGAAUGUGGUGAGACUCCAGAGUUCAGGUCUGGGGAACGAGGUGUCUACAUCGACGUCAAUCUGCAGACUGGGGAGAGUAGAACCCUCUCACUUUCUGCCCAGAAGAUCGAGAGUGAGGCAAACAACCAAGACCCUUGUGAUUCACCAUCCGAAACCACCGCCGAAUCACUUCACUCGUCGCCAAAAAGUCCUUCACUGAAAACUGCACCACAAACACCGACUGCCUCAUCACCAAUGGAUUGGAGUCUGCACGUCCUCGUUGCUGAAGACGAUCCCAUCAACAGCACGAUCAUGAAGAAACGCUUGGAAAAGUUCGGCCAUACUGUCCACCUCACGCCCAACGGCAAGGAAUGCUUGACCGUUUACAAGGAGAAUCCCAAUCGCUUUGAUGCUGUACUGAUGGAUCUGCAAAUGCCUAUCGUCGAUGGCCUCGGUGCAACGAGACUGAUCCGCGAAUACGAACAGCAGGAAAUAGCCAACGAGACGACCCCUGCACCUCGCAUUCCCAUCUUUGCCGUGUCUGCAUCUCUGUUUGAAGAGAACCGCAACGUUUACCUCAGGACGGGAUUUGAUGGAUGGAUCAUGAAGCCGAUCGAUUUCCAGCGACUCGAUCGGCUGCUUGGGGGCAUAAGGCACCAAUGGGUUCGAAAGGAACAUGCCUAUGUGCCGGGUGCGUGGGAGGAGGGAGGAUGGUUCAAGGCCUAG